AUUUUCAAACAUGAUCUCGUGUAAUCAGAAGAUUCCACAUGCGAGGACGCUUUCAAUAGACUGAGGCACCUCUGCUACCCAGGAACCGAUGUGUUCAUGCUAUGUUUCUCCCUGGUGAAACCAGACUCUUUCUUCUCCGCGUGCAGUCGAUGGGCAGACGAACUGACUAGGCUAAACGCAGCGGUGGUUCUGGUGGGCACCCAAGCAGAUCUGAAGACAAACCCGGCGGUUGUCAACGAGCUCAGGAGGAAAGGACAACGGCCGGUGCUCACUUCAGAAGCCAAGGGGCUUGCUGAAAGAUUGAAUGCCCCCUAUGUGGAAACAUCUGCCUUGGCGUGCACACAUCUCAAAGAAGCCUUCGACGUAGCCAUCGUGGUAGCUCUUAAACGACAGAGGAAAAGGAAAAGGCGACUGCUGUGGAUGAAAUAUUUCUGCUGCAUGAAGUGGCCUAGUCGAGCAUGUCCGUGAUUCCUAUAGACUACGGCUAGUAUUGUUAUUCUAUGUUGUAGUGUAUAGGGGGGUUUUCUCGUAACCCGCAUGCGACACUGUCAUUUUAUUUUUGUGAUCCUUGUCAUCGUUUGUCACUAUGCUGCCACUUUUGUUCAUUUAUUUGAUUUUAAGACUGGCUUUGGAAAAAGGUGGUCAAUAACGAAGACAGUAUUUUCAAACAAGUCAUACUCUUACUUUGUCAUUUCCGUUUUGUCAGACGGUGAAAAAAUCUCGAACGCGUUAUUUAUUGUCUUAUGGUCAUAGAUUCGCGAGAUUUUGUCGAAUGAAAAAUGUCGAUUGCGAGGAAGGCACUUGAAGAGUUCCGUUUGACAUUUCAACUAUCUCGGUACUAGAGAACACCCCAGAAUCCUAGAAACAGGACGGCACACGAAGUUGUUGCACUAUUUUUGUAGUAUUCUAGCCAAUCAUAGCUAGGAAUACGAAGUCAGCGUGCUUCCUGAUUGAAUGUCGAUAUUGAAGGGAGCAAUUUUGGGUCCAUUUUCAGGAGAAAACUACAUAUAAACGUAAUCUAAAAGACUUAACUUUUGAGAUACAGAAUGGUAAAUUUUUCAAUAAUAAACCACUUGGCAUGCCACUGACUUUUGAUGCAAGUGCAAAUGCAAGUCUUUUUUUAAAAUAGUGCAUAAUGGCGUGCGUGUCAACGAUGUCUGGUAGACAUCAGGCCGCUCCACUACACUUUCACGAACUCACUCGAUAUUUUCCGGAGUACGAACAGAGCGCGAGCUUGGCAAGUCUUUAACUUCACCUGUUUGUUCAAAUUUAGUCAGUUAUAUAUUGGCCACCCUGUAUAAUUACUCUUUUACACCUUUUUUUGGAUCAAUUUUCUGUAAUUUCACAUUCUUGUCUAUUAAAAUUACAUCGCUAUGCAUGUUGGGUAUUCAUAAAGUGAAUUUUAAUGCCUCUAGUUUCGUAGUUAUAAUGAUAACUAUUUAAUUUUGUGAUGUUUUCUAAGUGUGGUGGUAGUAAAUGACUUUUUAACUUGAAUAUGAAAAUGAGAACUAAAUGAUUUUUAACAUUCAACCACUACAAUUCUUCUAAUAUAGACUUAAUCUUAACAUAUUUGAAUUAUUUAAAUUUAUUCUCAUAGCUUUAUUUUGUAGAAUUUGUACGUUUUAUAAUAUGCUUUUAUUUGCGGUAGUAAAAUAUUUGAAUAUAAAAAAUGAGGAAGAAUUAUUGUGUUAUGCACGGAGUUUUUUUAAUAAUAAUAAUAAUAAUAAUAAUAAUAAAAUAUUCAUCAGUAUUCAUUUAUGAGCAGAUUCGAAGUCUUGAAUUAAUCUGACGCACCGUUUUCACCUAAAAAAAUAAAAUCAAUUUUUCUUCAUGGUGAUAUUGUCAUAUUCUUAACGGUGUUGUUAUGAAUAUGCAGAGAAACGGUUUUUUAAUUUUUCAAGCGAAAACCAUUCAUCGAAUUGGAAAAGCAAGCAAUCGAAUUUGCUUAGAAACGAAUGAAGAUUUCAGACCUGAUUUUUAUUUUAAUUAGAAAUCAGUGACGUACUAUCAAUAUCUGCCAAAAUAGGCAGGUGAAAUUUCGUACCAACGCAACGCAAAAUCCAUUAAAAUAUCUAAAGUGGUUAUACAGAUCUUGAUAAAAAAUGAUUUAUUUUUAGGACUUAGAUUCAUAUGAAGUUUUCUUCUCAAAAUGUAACAAAAAUCGCCUCUUUAAAUAUUAAUAUUCAAUUGGAAAACAGCCUAUCAAACAUCAGCCACCUGUUGAUCCUCCUUUCCACGCAUUCUUGGUUCCUUGAUCUAUACCUAUGUACAUAUUUGUAAAAAGGUUGUUGUAUUACUGUUCGUAUCACUGUGAGCUUCGAUAUCUUUGGAACCCCUGCAUGACUCAAAAAGGAAGCAUUAUGACAUGGUUUCAAUUCAAACUUCAGCAGUGAUUCUCCUUCUUGAUGAAAGAUCCUAACACCCGUACAUUUAAGUGGAACGUGAAAAAUUGCAAUUCUGGCAGCAAAAUGUCUACGAGUCAGCACUUAUAGUUUGUGAUGCUCAAUAAAAGGUAAAAAGACUAAAAAGGUCGUAAUAUGCCCAUUCACAUUUUCCUAAAUACUCGUACACUUUCAUGGAUUCCAGCCAAGGGAGUAAAGUCCAAAAACUACAAAAAUGUCCAAAACAAUGGUGUAAUUUUAUUUUGUGAAUAUUUUCACAGUCUAUAAUAAUUAGUAUUAAAAUGUAUGACUGAACUGUAUAACAUAUACAUGAUAAUUUUGUGAUAAAUCCUUAAUUUAUGUAUCACUGCAUGUAAUAAUCACACAGGUUUAAGGUAUAUCUAUCUAUGAAAUUCUUGGAUAAGAUUCACAGGCGAAGACGUAAUUAUUUAUAUCAAGUCAUGUGAUUUACCAUGUACCCUGUAUCUAUAUGGCUCACCAUCUCGGUACUAUAGUGACGCCUUCUACAACAACAUCACUAUUUUGUAACUCUAGGUCUUUCAUAUUUCGCAAUUACUGGUUGCAACACCUGUGUUAUUGAGACAAAUAAUAGGUAUUCCUCGUCACAUUACAUUCAGUUUCGAUAGUUUUUGAAUACUCUACUGUGUAUAAAAUCACGAGUGAUGUGAUUUUACUUUGAUAUUUGUAGGAACUGUUUUGAAAUUUUUAAAGAUAUUUUAGGUUGUAAGAUUGUAUUUGUAUAUAGUCACAAUUUUUACAUUUUGU